UGUUGCUUAUUUGCUCAACUGAGGGCGAGUAUCCUACUUUUCGGUAGUCUUCUUGUGAAAACGAAUAGGAGUCGGUGAUCGUACCCAAGUGAACACAGAGGAUUACAGUUUGUUUUAUUGAUCUAAUGGAAGGUUUUCGGAUUUUACACUUGGGAAUAAUACUUUUCCUAGCACAGGCAUUGUCACCCGGAUAUACGGAAGAGUCGCCAUGCUCACCUGGAUUUGAGUCAGAUUUGCUUAUUUUCAAAGUGCAUCGUGUGCACCUUCAUAGAGGCCGGAGACUCGGAAAAGUGGUUUUCAAUGACUGCAGUGGACGCACACGGACACUGUUUGACUCGGCAGACACACGCUUUCAAGUGGACACUGAUGGGACGCUGAAAGUAAAGAGGCGAGUAUCCCUGCAUGAGGGACACAAGACGUUUUCCAUCAGUGCUUGGGAUUCCAACAGCAAGAAACACACAGUAGCUGUUAAACUGGAGCUUGAACCCAGAGAGGACUAUAAACAUGCCCAAGAAGCGAAGGUGGCCACGCCUGCACAGCCUGAGUUUGCCCAAGCUCCUCUAGUUCUGGAGUUUCCAAAGUCAUCAGGCGGGCUGAAAAGAAGAAAGAGGGACUGGGUCAUUCCCCCCAUCAACUUCCCAGAGAAUGACAGAGGCCCUUUUCCCAAAGAGAUGGUGCAGAUCAAGUCCAGCAAUGCUAAAGAAAUCGCAAUCACCUACAGCGUCACGGGUCCAGGAGCAGACCAGCCUCCUGUGGGACUUUUCACUAUUAACAGAAACAGUGGUUGGCUUUAUGUGACUCAGCCCUUAGACAGAGAGAGACAAGAUAAAUACACGCUUCAAGCUCAUGCUGUGGGAGCUGGUGGACAGGUAGUUGAGGACCCCAUGGAUAUCAUUAUCAAUGUAAUUGAUAUGAAUGAUAAUAAGCCUGUCUUUACACAAAAUCCCUUCCUUGGAAGUAUUGAUGAGGCAGCAAAACCAGGUACUGAGUUCAUGAAGGUUGAAGCCACUGAUGCUGAUCAGCCUGGAACAGACAACUCUGAUCUCAGAUACUCCAUUGUGAGUCAGGAACCUAAAAUGCCGCAUGACAACAUGUUUGCCAUCAACCCUGUGACUGGAGGUAUUCGACUGAGUUUAAGUGGUCUGGACAGAGAGAAAUAUCCCAAAUACACACUGGAAAUCCAAGUAGCAGAUAUGAAAGGAGAUGGUGCUGCAGUCCUUGGGAAAGCUGUGAUUACUGUAACAGACAGCAAUGACAAUGCACCUCAGUUUGAACAGACAUCGUACACAGUGUCAGUUCCAGAGAAUGAAGUGGGAUAUGUGGUUGUGAAAAUGCCAGUCACUGAUGGGGAUGAGCCAAACACACCUGCCUUCUGGACCAAGUACAAAAUUAUUAGUGGUGACACUAAUGGAGCAUUCAACAUAACUACAGGACCCAAUAAGAUGGAGGGCAUCAUUACCACUGCUAAGCCCCUUGACUUUGAGAAAAACAGCAAAUACACACUGUUGGUGAUUGUGGAAAACGAUGUUCCGUUUGCUUCCCCUCUGGCCACCUCCACUGCCACUGUCACUGUGGAUGUGACUGAUGUGAAUGAGGCUCCAGUCUUUAAACCAGUGAAGUUGAGCAUUACCAAACCUGAAGACCUGCCUGUUGGCGCUGAUUUGGCUCUUUAUACAGCCACUGAUCCAGACACAGCCAUGAAACAGAAAGUGUCCUAUAAGACUGGCCAUGAUCCUGCUGGCUGGCUUUCUGUCAGUAAAGACACUGGACUGAUCAAGGUGAAGAGCCCCAUGGACAGAGAGUCUCUAUUUGCCAAGGAUGGGAAAUACACAGCUACCAUUCUCGCCAGUGACGAUGCGGAUGUUCCAGCCACUGGUACAGGGACCCUUGAAAUAACCUUGGAAGAUGUGAAUGAUAAUGCCCCCACCAUUGUAGAAAGAUCAUUCUCAAUCUGUAACAAGGAUCCUGCCCCUAUACUGCUGUCUGUAACAGAUAAAGAUGGGCCUGGGUUUGCUGCUCCCUUCCAUGUGGAGCUCCAGGGAGACAGCAGGAACAACUGGACCGCCAGAAUGAAUGACACAAAAACUGGCAUCAUACUGACGCUUAAGACACGGUUGGCAGCAGAUUCUUACAACGUUGUGCUAAAGGUCUCUGAUAAUCAGCAUGAAUCUCAAGCCAGUUCAGUUACAGUCAAAGUGUGUGACUGUCAAGGAAAUGACGUUCAGUGCUCAGAGGGGCGAGCAGCAGGUGUUGGAUUGCCAGUGAUUCUAGGAAUUUUGGGAGCUGUCCUUGGUCUACUAUUGCUAGUUCUUCUACUGUUAAUGUUUAUGAGGCGGAGAAGCACCGUGAAGAAGGAACCCCUUCUUCCAGAGGAUGAUGUGAGGGACAAUAUUUACUACUAUGACGAGGAAGGAGGUGGAGAGGAUGAUCAGGACUAUGACUUGAGCGUGCUGCACAGAGGCCUUGAUAACAGACCCGACGUGUUCCGCAAUGAUGUUGCUCCUACCUUCAUGGCCGCACCCCAGUACCGUCCACGACCAGCUAACCCAGACGACAUAGGCAACUUCAUUGAUGAUAAUCUGAAGGCCGCCGACAAUGACCCUACUGCUCCACCUUACGAUUCACUGUUGGUGUUUGAUUACGAGGGUGGAGGCUCGGAGGCAGGUUCCCUCAGCUCCCUCAACUCCUCCAGCUCAGGAGGGGACCAGGAUUAUGACAACCUUAAUGAGUGGGGUCCACGCUUCAAGAAACUGGCAGAUAUGUAUGGAGGAGGAGAGGACUGACAGCUUUCAUGCUUUACUGAUCGUCAGUCUGAGAGUUCACAACAUUCACGUGAGGCACGUGAACGGGUUUGAAACUUUUGAAUUGUGUAAAUAUAGACCCUGUUUCUCUCUUUGUUUCACUGGUCUUUUUGCAGUGUCAGAUUAUAUGUGGGAAGUGCUGUACAUCUAAUGUGUCUUCUCAAGAAUUUUGACGUUCACUUUGACUACCUUUUUAAUAAACUUUUUUUUUUUUUAAACUUUUGAGCAUUGCUUAUAGCCAAAUAGUGGUGAAUUUUGUAGAAGCACUGAGUCAAACAGAUAGGUAAAUGAUUAUAUAAUAUGAACUUCUUAGUUAUCUGCCUUUUGUUUUAAACAAUAUAAUUUUUAUAAUGAACAUACUGAAUUGCAGUGAAAUUUCAAGAAU